AUGACCAACUCGACUCCAACUGUCCGCUCUGGCAGCUCCGCCAACUCUCGCUCGACCAAGAUGCCUGGUGUACGAUGCCCCAACUGCUACGCCAAGGGUCAAGAAGUAUGGGUUAUUCCAGGCAAGAGUUGCCAUGUCUGCCAUACUCCGUGCGCGUAA